AUGGAUCGAGACCAGGCCGACAGGCUGCAGGAUAGACUCACAGCUGGCGCCCACGGCGGUCACCGUCGAGGCCGAGGAGGCGGCGGAGGGUCACAGUUUCGUGGAGGAGGAGGUGGUGGGGGCGGCCGGAAUCGCGAAACGACCAUAUCCAAGACCUUGUCACGCUUGCUCCGGCACCAGGCCGAGAACGCUGGUAUCAAGCUCGACGAUGAAGGAUACGCACCGCUAGACCGGGUGAUGGCGUGGGCACCCCUGCGCAACCUCUCGCCCACCCUCGACGAGAUCCGGAGCCUCGUCGCCAGCAACGACAAGCAGCGCUUCACGCUCAAGCUGCGCGGCGAGGGCGACGGCGAGGGCGAGGGCGAGCAAGCCGGACAGGACCCGGCCGACUUCCUCAUCCGCGCCAACCAGGGCCACUCGAUCAAGCUCGAGUCGACGGCGCACCUGGAGCAGCUCACGCCCGCCACGGUGCCGCCCACCGUCGUCCACGGGACCUACUUCGCCUUCUGGCCGCGCAUCGUCGCGUCCGGCGGCCUCAAGCCCAUGAGCCGCACGCACGUGCACUGCGCGACGGGCUUGCCUGAGGGGGGGUCCGGGCCCGACGCCGCCGCCGCGGUGGUCAGCGGCAUGCGGCGCGACGCCGAGCUGCUCGUCUACGUCGACGCCGCGCGGAGCAUGCGCGACGGCGCGCUGACGUGGUGGCGCAGCGCCAACGGCGUCGUCCUGUGCGAGGGCGACGCCGAGGCCGGGCUCGUGCCGAGCCGGUACUUUGCCGAGGUCCGGGGCCGCGAGGGCUCGGGCGUGGGCGUGCUCUGGAAGGACGGCGAGCGGGUCGCGGACCUGCCUGCGGGCCUGAAGAUUGUGGUCCCGCAUGGGAAGCAGCGAGGUGGUGGUGGCGGCCGAGGAAGGGGUCGGGGUCGUGGUCGAGGUGCUUGA